AUGCCGCAUCACAAACGCGAGUUGUCGGUCGCUGAUGCCAGAAAGGAGGUUCAUGAGGCAUCAAAUUCCAAAUCGCCACCACGAGCACAAGAAAAACGCGCCUCAACCUUGAUAAAUUUCUUCUCAUCCUUUCUUGGUUCCAGGAACCCGCUCGCGCACCCAGCAGACCCACGUAAGCACACCGUGUGGCUGCUAGACAAUACAGCGUACCAGCCGGUAAAUGAGGAGACAGGCGAGACCCAACUGCGUUGGCAUGCCGAGGUAGUCGCCUGUAUUUUUGAGAGGGAAGGUCGGAGAGACGUGGGCAACCUCGUCGCCGCGAUCGCCGACUAUAUCGGGCUAGACGGUGAUGUCGGCGGCGACGACGAACCACGUCGACGCAUUGCAGAACGCGUCCAGCCAUUCCUCAAUCAGGUUUCACCAGCCCGCACAGUUACACUGCAGGUCCCCAUAUCUCGGCCGGCACAGUCGCACAAGCUCGGUCCGUCCGACCGCAACGGCAUCGUCAGCCAGACGGUCGAUAUGGGCCAAGUUGGGGUCUACGACGGAGAGGUCCUGCGGCCGCGAUUGCAGCAUUUCGGCGAUGAGCCUGUGUCGAUGAGCACGACUUUUUCUGCGCCUGAGGGCUGGUUGAUCGUCUCGGAUAUUGACGACACUAUCAAGCAUACUCUCACGCUUGAGCCGACGGGGAUUAUUCGUACGACGUUUGCGGAUGUUCCUAACGCUAUCGCUGGUAUGCCGGAGCUUUACAGAUAUAUUCAUGCUGAGUUUUCUCCUGCGUGGUUUUAUCUCUCCGCGUCACCAUAUAAUCUUUACCCUUUCCUGCACGACUUCCUUGAUGAACACUACUGCCCGGGGACGCUGGUGCUGCGCGAUUACUCGUGGAUGGAUAUCACGGGGCUUAUCAAGUCGUUCACUGAGAAGACGCAGGAAUACAAGGUUGAUCGAAUGGAGAAGAUCCGGCGGUGGUUCCCGCGUCGGAAAGUGCUUUGUAUUGGGGACUCGACACAGAAGGAUCCGGAGGCUUAUGCGGAGAUGUAUAGUCGGUAUCCUGAGUGGAUUCAUGCUAUCAUCAUUCGCAAGGUUACGGAUGUGGCGAAUAUGGAAGAGAAGAAUGAACCGGAGAGGUUUGAGAAGGCGUUUAAGUAUGUGCCAUCGCAUAUUUGGAGGGUCUUUGCGGAUCCGAAGGAGUUAUAUGAUUUUGUUGAUGGGGUGGGUAUGGAGGACCAGGCUUUAUAG